AUGAAUCAUCUAGGACAGCAAUUGGUAUCGUGGUCGAAAACGGGGCUUAUAGCAUAUGGGGAUUCAAAGUCGACCGAUGCUAACCUUUGUGUCACUUUUCUGGAGGUAGUCAAUGGCACUAACUGGAGAUUUCAUCCACCUCAGAGGUACGUUUUACACCCUCAAUUGCAUGAAAUUCAACCUAAUAGUGCGGGUUCAUCCGGGCUGAUAUCAGGCAAUGCUGCUGGUGGCUCAGGCCAUACACCAAACCUCAGCGCUGGGAGCAAUAAUGAAAAGCAACAUCCACACCAAUUCUUUUAUAACAUAUCAUCUGUACACUGGAACAACUGGUUUAGCCUUCCUGGAGACAUGCUCGCAGUUUGCGAUGAAAUAGGCAAUAUGACUAUGUUAAUUUCUGGGCAAAGCCCAGAGGGCCCAUCAACCAUCGACAAGUUAACGAUGCUAUUUCAGGAUAAUGUCUACAAAAUAUACAACCACGUUAUGCCAAUGAAUCCGAUAUCCGCGUCACAUCCAAGGAGCAGGCCGGAGAGAAAACAGACGAAGAAGGAGUAUCAUACCACCGUUUUAGACUUCCAUUGGCUCAGCUCAUCUAAGCCGGUUAUUGUCUCGCAAUUCUGCGCUUUCGACAGUUCUGCGAAAACUUAUAGAAAUAAAGCCCAACAGGUGCCACCGUUCAGCGUAUUUCAUCCACCGUUCAUGAAGUAUGCGUGCAUUGCUGUACGAAAGAACGGUCAAAUUGAUUUUUGGUAUCAGUUCUCAAACUCUAAGGACCACAAGAAGAUCACAUCACAACUGAUGUCAUUUGACAAUCAACCCGGGAAAGAGCUGGAUUGGUUAAUGUUCGCCCGGAUCACUCCGAUAAACGACGAUCAGAGUAUGUUGAUAACGACAUACUCCAAACUUUCAAAGAGACUAACAUUUUUCACGCUCCAUAUGAGCUGGAAUGUCAACACUGCAAACCCAACACUUCUGAAUGAUCCCUCUUUGAAGAUAUCCCACAUACUCGAAACAACGUUAGACGUCGUGGACACUGAAGGGUACGUUCUGGAUCUCACCCAUUUACACGUUUUGUCUAAAUCGCCUCUUGAGAAGAAUUCUUCACCUGAAAUACUAUUGGUUUACAACAUUGGUGGAACUACCAAGUCCCUAGUCAAAAGAUUUCGACUGGUAAAGACACAUUUGAGCCAGGCUUUCAUAAAUAUCCUAAAGCCCGACGCCACCGUCAAUGUGGAUGAGAGUAAGCAAAUGGUACGAUCAAAGCGCUACAAUCUUCUGAGCGUCGGCAGAUUGGUAUUCGACAGCCGCGUCCUGUCUGUGACAUCCGAAAUGCUUGACAGCUUUAUUACAUUUUAUCUUCAAGAUGGUUCUAUCACGUCUUACAACCAGAGUGAUUGGAUCCUGGAGAACGAGCGAUUGAAUUUUCAGAGCCAAGAAGGUAAAUUCCGUGAUAUUCUGACCUCAAUUUUGAGCGUUGGAUUCAAAUAUCCCCAACUGCCUCCCACUUGCGCUAUAGAAUGGAUGCAAGUAUCUCCCGCUAUGUGUGGGAUCAUUUUCAAACUGCAAAAGGAUGAUACACCAAAAUUCCUCUCCAUCUAUAAUGAUGAAUUCACGAAUUCUGCCAAAGAUACAAUUCAUGCCACUGCCUUCGCUUUCGGUUUUGUUGCCAGCAUACAUAGGCAACUUUCGUCGGAAGAUUUGUCGAUUGCUUGUAAGACCCAUGUAUUGAAAAUUGCAAGCACUGACGAGAACAGAGCCAAAGAAUUCAUAACUACUUUGAUGGCCUGUGUUUAUUCAUUUUUUAACGUUUCUCCAGAUGCUAGAAAGGAGAUCAUGGACAAGAUGAUUUCAAGUAGGCCAAUCCAGAAAACGAUGUUACUGCAAUUGGAACUCGGUAGUUGCUUCUCACAGAGCAAUAUCUAUGAAAUGGCGCGCAUUAUCAUGUCGCUGAGAAAUGUUCUCUUCGCUUUUAGUGGCGUAGCCCGCAAUCUUCAUUUUGCUAUAGAACAGUUGAGCAACAGCAGCAUUCAACACCCCGGUGGCUCUUCGUUUCAGACGUCGUUUUCGAAGCAAGAUUUGGUGCAUUCUCUAAUCCCCAUCUCCAGAUGGUUUGUCAAAUUCGUGACCUUUCUCAUCCAGGAGGCAAUCCUACUGAUAAAUAAUCCAGAGGAGCGGACCAACACGGUAGUUCUUGGAGUCCUUGGAGCUAGAAUGCCCAGAACAUUGAUACUUUCAAUCUUGAAUGAGAUCAAAAAAGUGACACAGCUGGUUACAAAAUUUCCCGAAACAACUUAUCCAGUAUUAAACGAGUCAUCUAAUUUCCUCAAGAUGGUCCUUGGAGAAUCCCCGGUGAAUUUUGAAAAGUUCGAGACUUUUCUGGUCGAUGUUAACAGCAAGUUUACCGCUUUUAACGAGCAGCAACCGUCAAGCUCACGCGAACCCUCUCUUCUGGUGAAAGCAGAGAUACCAUCCAACGUCUCCAAAAUCGGGGACUUUCUCUUGGCGUACUCCAACAACGCCGUUAUUUCGCACAUCAAGCCAGCCUCGGUCUAUUUUGUGGACACUAGUGGUCUCAGAAUAACCAACAGCGAGCUAUUCCAACCUGCGCUUUUCAAGCUUCUCCAGCCGCUUGAGAAUGGGCUUGUUAUAGACACCGAGGACCUGCCCGAAGCCUAUAAGACUUCGGAAGCCUUCUGUCAGAUCAAUUACGAUGCAAUCUCACACGAUUACUUAACUCCGGAUGAGCUGCAGGACAGAAAGUUGAAAAGAUGCAGCAGAUGUGGUUGUGUUACAAGAGCCGGCUACGUGAUAGCCAACACCAAGACCAUAGUCCCUACAAGCAUCCAAACAAAGCGAUGGCCAACCAUAUAUGCGAGAAUCUGCAUUUGUUCCGGCUUUCUCUACGAAUUGGAAUUAUAG